AUGGCACGACAACUUCUUGCAUUCCAGUUUUGGGAAUCAAUGCAGGUCAAAAGGUCAGACGACGAUCCACCCGCCCGGUAUAAAAGCCAGAGCCCAGCGAUGUCAAUCGUUCCAUCGGCGUUGGAUAAGGACAUCUUCUUCCGGGAGAGUGGCUGUGAAGGAGGUGGGGGCGGGAAGUUUGCGAUCGUCGUGCACGGUUGGAGGGGCAGCUGCUCGGGGGAUACGCGCUGGGUUACGGAUUUGCUGUCCAACCUGACCGUCCAUCGGGGAGGAUGUUUGGUCUGUAUGGAUUAUAGCAAGUACUCGAAGGAGGACUACUUUCAACGACUGGUGCCUCGGUUUGGUCAUGUUGCGAAUGCUUUGGCGGAGAAGUUGCGGGAUUUGGAGCGCGGUGGAUUUGAUCCGAUGGAUGGAUUUAUGUUUGGAUUCAGCUUUGGCGCACACUUGACCACCGAAGCUGGUCGACGGUUUGGACUACGGAAGCUUGGACGGAUUGAUGUUUGUGAUCCUGCUGGACCGGCAUUCGACGUUCCUAAUUUACCGUUCGCCAUGUUGGAUCCCAAGCUGGCGGCCCGUAACGUCCAGUGUAUCCACACCAGCCAGGUGGGGGUGAAGCGCCGGACCUGUCACCAGAACUGGAACAUGGGCGAAUGUGGCUUGAGGCAACCGGGAGCCGAUAUAGUGGUUGCGCACACGCUGUGUCCCAAGUUUUACAACAGUGCGUUCCGAAAUAAGUUCCGGGCGGUUCCGAAUCCUGCCAGGUGUGCCGAGUUACGACCUGUUGUGAGUUUGGCUGCGGAUCUUCGGAUGGGGUACUUUUCGGAUGUGCAGAGUGGUGUCACUGGAGACUUGUUUGCGCUGACUACCAUAACCUACCCUUAUAACGUUAUCGACGCUCAAUAA